GCGCCGACACACUGUCACCCAGCUCCUCCUUAUUCUCUUCACUGAACUUUGAGCAGCGCAUUCAUUCAUAUGUAGUCAGCAGCGAUUCGUCUCGUUAUUCUUAGAGGAGGUAUGACAACAGCAACCACUCACGAGAGGAAUUCAUUACAAUGACGGUCAUCAACCGAGGAGACGUACGUGGACACUAGAUCAGUUUGAUCAGGGCAGGACACAUCCUAGGGGUUCUGAGUCUUAAGAGGAAGCGAGAGCUAUUUCCAUUCCCACAUUUCGAACAGCUCAAACCAGAGUCAAACGGGAACUGACUGGUUAUUGAAAACAGAUAGUGAAGGCGACUAUUUUGUUUAGACACAAAUGUCAAUACAGGAGCAACGGAAAGAAACCUGUAAUACAGGAGCCAGAGAGGAUCGCUAAAAGUCCGUCCUUAACAAGAUAAAGAGGAUUUCAUCUAACGGAGAACUGCAUUGAAAUUUGGAAGUGGGUUACACCAUCAGGUCUCCUCAUACUGGAAAGCUAGUUGUCUGGCUGGAAACCUUCUCGCCUCGGACUCGCUGGGGGAAUAGAUUCCUGACAUGAGCGACUAACACCAUCGACAAACAACAACACACCGGCGGAUAAACCGCACUUAUCCCUGCGAGCGACCACCUGUUUCCAGCGCAGACUAAACGGUGGUGUGCAGUUUGAUAAUCCACAAACAGACCGCUCCCAACCUUACCAUGCCUUUGUCCUUAAGUUCAUCUCGACUUUUCCCCUUCUCCUUUAUUUCCCUGAUCCUCCCUGUCCUCCUCCUGUCUUUCUCCAUCCCUUCUCAAGCUGACUCCCAAGAUGUAGCCCAAUCUACUUCCAACUGUUCUCAGAAUGACGUGUGUUCAGAGGGGGUCCUUUUACCAGUGUGGAAUCCCCAGAAUCCCUCAGUUGGUGACAAAGUGGCCCGUGCCAUUGUGUACCUAGUGGCACUAGUCUACAUGUUCUUAGGUAUGUCAAUCAUUGCUGACCGUUUCAUGACUGCCAUCGAAGUUAUAACUUCUCAAGAAAAGGAAAUCACUACAAAGAGACCUAAUGGUGAAACGGUCACCACGACAGUUCGCAUAUGGAAUGAGACUGUCUCCAAUUUGACUCUCAUGGCUCUGGGUUCCUCAGCCCCUGAGAUUUUGCUUUCAGUCAUUGAGGUUUGUGGGCAUAAUUUUGAGGCUGGUUCUCUUGGUCCCAGCACCAUUGUGGGAAGUGCUGCUUUCAACAUGUUUGUGAUCAUUGGUAUCUGUGUCUACGUGGUACCUGAAGGUGAAAGAAGGAAGGUCAAACAUCUUCGGGUCUUUUUUGUGACUGCAGCAUGGAGCAUGUUUGCCUACAUCUGGCUCUAUCUUAUCCUCUCCGUGUUCUCACCUGGUGAGGUGGAAGUGUGGGAAGCAGUGCUGACAUUCCUCUUCUUCCCUCUCUGCGUGGUCCAGGCCUGGAUUGCUGAUCGACGAUUGCUUUUUUACAAGUUUGCCCACAAACGGUACAGAACUGAAAAGGGCCGUGGAAUUAUUGUGUCUGAGGGUGGUGAGGAGCUUGGCAAGGAGGCGGGAUUCACCAAGAUGGACAUGCUGGAAAUUGAUGGAAUCACAACACAUCUGGAUGGAAUGUUGGGAGUGGAAAGUGGGCUUGGUGGACGUGAUCAAGAGGAGGAAGCCAGGAGAGAAAUGGCCAGAACUCUGAAGGAGCUAAAGCAAAGACAUCCUGACAAGGACAUGGAGCAGCUCAUAGAGAUGGCCAACUAUCAGGUUCUAAUACAGCAGCAGAAGAGCAGAGCUUUUUACCGCAUUCAGGCGACAAGGAUGAUGAUUGGUGCUGGGAACAUCUUGAAGAAACACGCAGCGGAUCAGGCCCGUAAAGUGGUCAGCAGUGGGGAACCUCGGGAGCAGGAGGAUGACCCUUUUAUUACAAGAAUAGACUUUGAACCUGCCCUAUACCAGUGCUUUGAGAACUGUGGAUCCUUAAAACUUACUGUGCAAAGGCAUGGAGGAGAUGCUGGGUGUACUGUUAAGGUGGACUACCGCACAGAAGAUGGCACAGCCAAUGCUGGUUCUGACUAUGAAUUUGCUGAGGGCACGCUCAUCUUCAAACCUGGCGAAAACAUUAAAGAGAUCACUGUCGGCAUUAUUGAUGAUGACAUCUUUGAGGAAGAUGAAUACUUCUAUGUCCGCCUGAACAAUCCCCGUAUAGUCGGGUGGGGUGAUGGACAUCCUAUUACUUUGGAGACGGGAACACCUGCUCCAAGCGCAGCCCUUGGCGAGGCCCACACAGCGACCGUGACGAUCUACGAUGAUGACCACGCAGGAAUUUUCACAUUCGAAAGCGAAUCGGUGCGAGUUAGUGAAAGUAUCGGCAUCAUGCAGGUUAAGGUCCUGAGGACAUCAGGAGCACGUGGUCUGGUGGCGGUGCCGUACCAUACAGUGGAUGCAACAGCUCGCGGAGGGGAAGACUUUGAGGAAGUAUCUGGAAAACUGGAGUUUCAGAAUGACGAGACAAUGAAAACAAUCGAGGUGAAGAUUAUAGAUGAUGAAGAGUAUGAAAAAAACAAGACCUUCAGCAUUGAGUUGGGAGAGCCAGUGCUACUAGAGAUUGGACAGAAACAUGGAGACUCUAAUGAGAAUAAGCCAGAGAUUGGGGUGGAGGAAGAGGAAGUAGCUAAGAUGGGAUGUCCUAGUCUGGGAGAACACUCCAGAUUGGAGGUGGUGAUUGAAGAGUCUUACGAAUUUAAGAGUACAGUGGAUAAGCUCAUUAAGAAGACUAACCUGGCUCUGGUAGUUGGCAGCAGUAGCUGGAGAGAGCAGUUUGUGAGUGCUGUUACCGUGAGUGCAGGUGACGAUGAUGAGGAGGAGAGCGGUGAAGAGCGUCUUCCAUCCUGCUUUGAUUACAUCAUGCACUUCCUCACAGUCUUCUGGAAGGUUCUCUUUGCCUUCGUCCCACCUACAGAGUACUGGAAUGGAUGGGCAUGCUUCAUUGUGUCCAUCUUUCUGAUUGGUGUCUUGACGGCGGUCACAGGCGAUCUUGCUUCCCACUUUGGAUGCACUGUUGGCCUGAAGGAUUCAGUCACCGCCGUGGUCUUUGUUGCCCUGGGAACAUCUGUCCCAGACACUUUUGCCAGUAAGGUCGCUGCCAUCCAAGACCAGUAUGCGGACGCCUCCAUUGGCAAUGUGACGGGCAGCAACGCGGUCAACGUUUUCCUGGGCAUCGGUGUGGCGUGGACCAUAGCUUCUGUAUACUGGCGUACCAAGGGGAAACCUUUCCACGUUGAUCCAGGUUCUCUGGCCUUCUCUGUCACACUCUUCAGUGCUUUGGCUGUGGUGUGUGUCAGCGUGCUGUUGUAUCGCCGGCGCCCCUCAGUGGCUGGAGGAGAGCUUGGUGGUCCACGGACUUGGAAGAUAUUCACGUCCUUAUUCUUCAUUUCCCUUUGGCUGAUCUACAUCCUGUUGGCCUCUCUGGAAGCAUACUGCCACAUCCCUGGAUUCUGAGGAAGCGAGGCCUCGCAUUAUUUCAGCUUGAAGAGGAAUAUGAAAAAUGGCCAGUGAAGGAGCAAUUUUGUUUUGUAUUUAUUAGAUAUUUAUCUUGAAAACUUUGAAUAGGUCUGAUAAGUCCAUUUUUGUAAUCUUCUGUUUUCUUCCAUAAAGGGAUAGUUCAUCCAAAAAUAGAAAUUAUGUCAUCAUUUAUAGCUUUUAUGUUGUCCCAUAAAACAUAGUUUUUUUUUUUUUCCUGGAACUACAUGAAGGUGAGUAAAUGAUCACAGAUUUUUCUCUUUUUUUGUAUGAACUGUCCCUUUAAAUUAGUUAAUGCAGUAUUUUACAUAUCAUUUCUUGUUCCCUUGCCUUACACUUGUAUCCGUCUCUCAGUGCUGUCUUAAAUCAAUCCAAAAGAGUAACUAAUGACUCAUGUCUUUUUUGUACUCCUGUUUGAGCCAAUCCGAGCCUGUGGUUACUGAAUGAAGGGGUUUAUGUUUUUUGAACUCUUUUUUUUUUUUUUUUUUUAUGUGAAGUGUCAGUAUUACUCUUGUGCAACUGUAAUUAUGAUAUUUUACAAGAUAUUUAAAUGAACAGAAUGACCAAACAUGAACUUUCACUUAUUAAGAGCUGACUGAACAAACAUGAUGGACUUACUAUUGCUUGUGUAAGAAGAAAAGCAUGUUUCAGGACUAAAUAAGAAUCGGACAGAUGGUCUGAAACGCAUGUCGAGUUCUUAACUAAUUAUAUAUCAUGUAUGAAUGGUGACAUUAAUAGGAAGUCAAAUAGCAAAAAUGAAUGAAACAGAAAAUGGACUGAAAUUAUCCUAAAGUGGAUGGAAGAACAAUCGGAAAAUAAUGACAGUGAUGGUGCUGCAUAUCAUUAAAAAAUAAUUCUAAUUUAAAUAUGUAUACAAUGUGUGUGUGUGAGCAAGUGUGUGAGAGAGAAACCACUCAACCAAGAAUAAACAGCUUAGUUGAUGUUCUCUUGAAAUAACCAAGUAAUUGAUGUAAUUAGCUGUCUGUAUCUGUAUUUGUCUUGUCCCUUGAUGGUCCUUGACAUCAAAUGUUUAAUAGGAGAUACUAGCCUGUUAACAUGAUGUGACAUUUGACAUGGUGACAAAUGCUCUUACUGACUGCGAACCAAAAUGUAUCCCUUAGUUCACCCAAAAGUUACAAUUGUUACAGCAUUUAGACACUCUCAUGUGAUUCCAAACCCAUAUGACCUGUGAAACAUAAAAGCAAAUUGUUUAGUAGAAUGUUCAUGCUGCUCUUUUCCAUACAACAAAGCAGAAAGUGACCACUUUCACAAAAAAAAUAAGUGUACUUCAAGUUCAUUUUGAGUAAACUUAAGUAAAUAUGUGACUCUGGACCACAAAACCAGUCAUAGGGGUCAAUUUUUCAAUACUGAGAUUGAUACAUAAUCUGAAAAUAUUGAUGCAUGGUCUGUUAAGAUAGGGCUUAUCUUGUGAAAAAAAUUAAAAUAUUGAGAAAAUCACCUUUAAAGUUGUCCAAAUUAAGUUCUUAGCAAUGCAUAUUACUAAUCAAGAAAGUUUUGAUAUAUUUACAGUAGGAAAUUUACAAAAUAUCUUUAUGGAACAUUUUUGUCAUAAAAGAAAAAUCGAUAAUUUUGACCCAUACAAUGUAUUGUUGACUAUUGCUACAAAUACACCCGUGCUACUUAUGACUGGUUUUGUGGUCCAGGGUCACAUAUUGGUAUAUUUUAUGCAGUAAGUAUAUUAAAAUAAUAGUAAACUUAUACUUUAAAAUAGUAAAAAUAGUUUACUACUACUAAGUUUUUGUAUUACAACUAUAAUGUGAACUACUCAAGCAGAACUGUCAGUUUACUAGUUCUAUAUGUCUAGGCCACUUUUAGUUUACAAAAGUAUACUUUGAAGUAUCUUUUCAGUAAUCUAUUCAUUUUUUAGACUUUUUGUACUAAUUAUACUUGUAAGUUUUCUUUAAGUGAACUUAGCACCAGACCUAAGCAUAAUUUUGUAUUAACUGUAUCUCUGAUACACAGACAGUAGACUGAAAGCACUCUCUUAUUUUUGUUUAAAAAAAGGAUACUAUCACACUUUCAUAAACGUUUUAGGGCAGGUGCUGUCAAGCUCCAAACGGACUAAAACACCAUAAAAACUGUGAAAUAGUCUAUACAAGUCAUAAGAGUAAAUACAAAUAAAAGCAUGCAGUGUUAAGGAACGUUCUCAAUCUGUAUCUCAAACAAGCUAAGUGUGUCUUCAAGAUACAUGAAAUUCAGCACACUAGUCACAUUGACAGCGUUUAUGUAUAUGUUUGUUUUUUGUCAUUUUUGAACUAAAUAUAUGGGUUUAGAAUGACACGAGGGUGCACAAGAAUCGAAAUGAACUCAAGUACUUUUAUUUAUGUGUUGACUGUUUUAUGUUUGUUGCAGUGAAUCUUCAGUUGUCACUGUUUCAGUGUUCACUGUCUGUCCACUAUCUGUUUCUGACUGCUGUGUAAUUAUUCUGUGAGACAUUCAGGAAGACAGUGAGAAGGUGGGAGGCAUCGUCUCUGGCGCGUUUGACGGAGAGCACAGAAAAAGAGUGAAUGAGACAGAUUUAGCAGUAGCGUAGAUAUUUAGCCUUCAGAAGUAGCUUUUCUCUUCAGUCUAGUACAGUAUUUGGAGUGAGAGAAUGUGCACCCAGAGUAUUUUUAGUAUUAUCUUGUUGCUAGGCGACCCGCCCAGAGAGUCAUUGUCCAAUGACGGGUGCUUGUGCUUGUGCCUGUGCCUGUGUGUAUGUGGGUGUUGCUGUAUGUGUGUAACACCUCCUCACCCGAGUCUGUUUAAGGCUUAAAUCACUACAUAAUUACCAACUUUACUUCUUAUACUAACCUAAGUUUAGUUUGAGUUGAACUGAAAAGAUUUUGGUUAAAAGUGGUUAAGCAAAGGCAGUUAAAUCAGUUAUGAUCAUGUAAUUGAUCAGUCAGCUCACGCUGUCACAAGGAUCAGCUAUCAUCAGCGGUGAAUCCCACAUCAGACUGACAUACAGCAGAAGAGUGUGCACGUAAUCGCUUUAUAGGGUCACCGUUUUCUCUCUCUGCCAGGCUGCUUCUUGAAGCACAAUAAAUUGAAGUGCAAUCCCAAAUGUCACACUGAAGAACAGCUAUCGUAAUUGGAUUAAGCGGCCUGGCCAGAAAGAAAGAGAGAGAGAGGGCUGGGGAAUGUAAACACUUUCCCAUCUACAAAAUUACACACAUUCCUGAUGGAAUUGCAUGUAAAGGUUAUUGUGUGUUUAUAGCAUUUAAUACUGCAAGAGAGACUGUGUAGUUGUGUUGUAUUUGCUGGCCUCUUAAUCAGUUUUGUGAUCCAGCUGUUUUAGUGCAUGUCUAAGUAUCUAACAUGUGCGGAACAGGCUAUUGAUACAGUAUGUACAGUAUUUGAGCAUUUAAAUCUCUUUUAAAAAUGUAGGAAUGUCAUUACAUUAAAAUAUCAAACCAAAUGAUGUGCAAGGAAUGUUAGAUGUUGUCUAAAUCACUUUUUGCAAUGACCAGCUCAUCACAUUAAUCAAGAACUUGUUUUGUAAACAUUUUGAACAGUAUAUCUAUUACAAAAUAAAGCUAACAGUCUUGUUUAUUUUGAAAAGUAUGCUUGUGCUAUCUUAAAAGUAGUCAUGAAAUGAACAUUUGUAACAUUUAUAACAUUAUGAUUUUGACCUCAUAAUUUCUAGCUUGCUUUUGGAUCUGUCUUCAUCCAGUCAAUAAAUAGAAACUUCCUUUUUCAAUAACCUGUUUGACUCAGAUGUACCUCACAAUAGAGAAAAAAGAUGUUGCUACUUCCGUUACAUUGACACUUUUUAUAUUUAUUAUCUAAUGCAAUGACAUUCAUACAUUUUACAUGUGUCCUGAGUAUCUAAAUACUUUUCUUCACCUACAGAUAUAUGCAGACAGAUUAUGGUUCCUAGCAGGAUAGAUUAGAGACAGGAACCAUACUGCCCUUGUGUUACAGAAAAAAAAAAAGAAAACUGGUCAUGAUAAAAAUUAUAAUUCUUGAUCGUGUAUGUGGGAUUGGACUUGUGUUCAUAGUGCUAGUCUUUCAUAGUGCUUUGACUUUCUUGUGUACAGAAGAUACACUAACAGAAAAGGUUAAUAUGAUAAAAUAACAGUUCAUAUGAAGUGCCCUGAGGAAGCAGUCACCAUGUCAUCCCAUAUCAGUGUGUGUGUUGCCCUUGGCUGGACUCUGUUCUGUGUAGUCUGGUCCUUGCGUGAAGCAUCUCUCCGAUAUUUCUGUUCAUUAGUCUUUUGAUUAUUCUUUCAUUAAUGGUUUGAUUGAUUUCAUUGUUAAUUUCUCGGUCUGUUUCUCAUAAUGAGUGAAUCACCAAGUGCUUUUCUUUUCCUUCAUGUCUCUUGGUUUAAUGCAUGAAUCAUUCUCUUAACCUUGUUAAAUGUUUUAGAACAUAUUGUCCUGAAAUCUUUUUUAAAAUGUCUUUUAUUAAAAAAAGCAGAAUUGAACACUA